AUGACUGAUACGAAUGAAGUGGUGGAGAAAGCCUUUGGAUAUCCAGAGACCACUCUUUCUGUCGCACAGGAUCCUGAAUUUGAGGCCAUCAUUGACGACAGAGAAUCUGACACGGAUGCUGCUAUCAAACGAAGACAAUCUAAUCUUACCAGCGACAUUAUACCGGAAUUGAACGGACCACCAUUCUUGAGUAUCAACGUCACGCCAACCAUAUCGCUUCCAGGAACAGGGUUUCGCGCGAAGGAAAAUAGCACUCGGUGGACCAUAUCGGAAACUCACUAUUCUGGGACUGACGAGUUUGCAAAGUCGUAUACAUUUACGGAUAGAAGGCCGGCCAUCUUCCAUCUUACACCCCGGGACGUACAUCGCUGGCAGCUGGCAAGGGAAGCUUUGGACAAAUACCAUUUAAAGAAGCCAGAUACGGACCUUGAUCUCGUGACCAUAAAACCCAUUCCAGAAACCAAUGAUCUGUUGGGCCCAGACCACAAGCCCACUGCAUGGGCGUACUUAGGCUUCUCACUCGUGGCAGCUGGCUAUGGUGGUCUGCACACAGUGGCAUGGAAUGCCCACUUUCCAAGCCAUCGAGAGUGUAAGCUGUGGCGUGUCUCAGCAAUUGCGAUAACAAGUCCAGCCGCUCUAUGCUUGGUCUUGUUGCUGAUUCAGCAUGCUGUCAACUGGACGAUGUUUCUAUAUCGGUUCUGCCGUUCCAGAUUCUCGCGCAACAGUGCAUCAGCCCCAAAGCACACAUCACUGCUCGAUUUCUCUGCUAUGCUGGAAAAUACGGAGUGGGGAGAACCUGGCUUCUCAUCAUCAAUCACUCUAGAUGUCUUCCUGUUCAUAGUCAGUAAAGCGGUUAUUCUAGCCAUCAUUCUCUUCAGCAUGCUGUACAUUGCUGCCCGAGGAUAUCUUGUAUAUGAGAGCUUUAGGACUGUGUUUUACUUACCCAAGGAUGCUUAUAAGACGACCGGCUGGACACAAUAUAUACCGCACAUCACAUAA